UGACGUCAAGUGUUUCUGGUCGUUCACGUGGGUUCCUGAGUGGAGAUAGCUGUGAUAACAGAUGUUACAGUGCCACCUGAUGAUCGAUCCCCCUUCCCCUACCAUCCUCGUGGUAACGAUUCACAUGCCACCUUCAUUUAUCACAGCUUGUCUCUUGUGGCCUCCGUCUCCUCGACUCUUGUGUGGCGUGACACUCAGCAUUAUACCCGCCAGAGCCGCUGUCAGCACCAUAACAAUAUGGAUGCCUCCAUUACACCUGUUUCUGUUGAGCUGCAGAGAAAAAUUAUUUUAGUGCUUGUGAUGUGGGGGAAGGGGCAGUGAAGGACCUGCUCUCGUCACCAUGGUAACACUGCAAACACGUCGUAGUCAGCUGGUAUGCUCCACACUUGUAUCUGGACUGUUGACUGGCUCGAGGCUCCAGUCAUCAUGGUCUCGCUCCCCCGACCUGUUGGUGCAACACGCCGCUUCCUCCAUCACCAUGACGGAAUGUGCCGAUACAGCCUCCCGAGUUCAUACAGCUGUAACCAUUACAUAAACAUCUGAAUCCUCUCAAAUACUAAACAAUAAUUCUCUGUAUUUCUGUAAUAAUGUGAUUUCUUAAAUUAUUACCAUAAGACUGCUUACAGUGGAUAUAACGAAAAUACCGAACCAUGAGUCACGACUCAGUAUUGAUAGGUAAAAUAUUUUCGUGCAGUUAUGAUUAUCAUACCUUAAACUCACCUUGGAGAAUAGUAAAUAUGUGAACACGAUCAUGAUGACCUUGAAUUGAAUCGGCUAGAGGAAAUUCAGACCAGUGACCGCGUGUAGCAAGUGUGGAUUAACCCGGUGCAAUACCGGUGUAGGGUGACCUUGUGUCUUACUUCCUUGUAGUGUACUGGUGGGGUGACUUGUGCUUCUGACCAUGCCUCGCCGCGUCAAACAAAUUUUGGCUGAAGACCGAAUCACCAGGACUCCGUCUGACCUGCUGGUGGAGGUCCAUGUGUACAUCCUGCCGCAGGAUAAGUGGAUUCCCUUCAGGAGGCUGGCGAGGAACCAAGUGGUGGAGGAGACUGUUUCUGCGGGCUUCAUUCGGGUGCUUCCUGACGUGACCUUACAUGAGCUGCGGCCGGAGCUCCUGGGUCAGCUCAACGAUGACCUCCCUGAGAACUACGUCUUUAUCAAGAGCGUCGGCAGAAACUUUACUCAGGUGAAGCCGCAUCAAGAGCAUGUAGUGAAGGUAAAGAGCUUUCUGCCGCCUCACGCUGCGGAGCCGGAAAUCCACGUGUUGGAGCUGAGUGAGGAGCUCCUGAGGUACGCCCCAAGCCUCUCCAACCUCCUUGCUUCCGACAACGAGUUCUCUGAUUCCCAAGGCACAAACUCCAGACUCAACCACUUUGAUGCCUUCAGAAGACGGGAAAACUUCCAACUGUGGGAAGAUGGCUUUCCACGAACUCUAGAAGGUGACGAUGAGGAAAGAGGUCGCGCCUCUGGUGAAAGCGUGGGAACAGACGUAGCUGAUGAAGGUGGUGGAAGGUAUGAAGUUGGACGGUGGGUGGAGGGUGCUGAGCUGUGGGAAGCCAGCCGCGGAGACGCGCUGGUCCAGCCAAGACGGCGGGAGAGUUUUGUUCGCAAAGGAGAGAGGAGAGGUGAAGAGAGGAGGAAAGUGCACCAAGACCAUAUGAGAGCAACGGAACGUGAUCCGCGUACAUACGGAGUCGUAGGUGACAGGAACGUAAACAAACAAGAUGGAAUAGUGAAUAACACGCGUCAGUGGGCCGUGAAUGACGGAUGGGACGGGGAAAUAAAUUCUGGCUUUGACGAAGAUCCGAAUGAUGAAAAUUACAGGAGAGCAAACGUCAGAGGAACGAAUUACAGACAGGGCGAAGGAAUGAGUAAUGAAGAAAGCGAGGAAAUAAACGACAGAUGGCAUGAGUUGGUGGUGGAUCCGCCACACAGAGGAAUGAUGCGAAGAAGACAAGGAGAAAUAGUUGACAAAAGGGAUAGAAAACUGAGCGACACGCAAGAUGGGGGGACAAGUGACGGUCGUGCCGGGGGCACGAGUGACGGGCAUGACGAAUUAACGAGUGACGAACGUGAAGGAGGGACAAGUGACGGACAAGAUGAAGGAACGAGCGACGGGCAGAAUAAUAAUGGCAAGGAGAAUGCAAGGAGGAAGACGGUAGCUCGGAGGAAAGGGCGGGUGGAGGCUAGACGCGACGGACACAGCGACAGUAGAGGGGACAGUCAACACGACAGGCACAACCAGCUUCCUAGGACUCACGCAGAGCCCAGGAGCCACGCCAACCCUCCAAAACCAAAGCCCCAAACAGAACCCUCGCCCAGCCUUCUAAGACCCACACCCUACCCAGAACCCACGUCCGAAACAAGGGUAGAACUAAGGGAAAGGGAGGAGAAGGGAAAGGGAAGAGAGGAACCAAAGGAGGAUUAGGAGGAGAAGAGGGAGAA